AUGUUGAGGAAGAACACAGUCGUCGGGCUUGUCAUUGGCUUCGCGCUGCUCUUUUUUGCCGCUCACGUGCUCGCUGAAGAUGAUGAGCCUCCAAGGGUCGUUCUUGACGAUUUGGGCACUCUGAUCGGGAAGGAGAGUCUCACGCGAAACAACAGGACGAUCCACAGCUUCCAAGGCAUACCUUUUGCUGAACCUCCGUCAGGGAUCAACAGGUUUCAGCCUCCAAUUCCAAAAUCAUGGAGUGGCGAUCUGCUCGCAACAAGCCCCGGCAUUCGCUGCAUUCAACCAGAAUAUAAAGAGCUCAUUCAAAGGGUUCGCAGGCACUUGGUGUGGGAGGAUUUGGAACACAGAAAUAAUUUUUCUCGGCCCGAUCCGGAAGACUGCCUCACUUUGAAUGUCUACACGCCUGAUUUGACUCACAACGGAUCUCUUCCGGUCGUGGUUUACUAUCACGGAGGCUCGUUCAUGAUUGGCUCAGAGAUCAGCUUCAGGCCCGACUUUCUCCUAGACAGGGAUGUCAUCCUGGUCGUGCCACAAUACAGACUUGGCCCAUUCGGAUUUCUUUCACUGCAAAAUGAAAUCAUUCCUGGCAACGCCGGCCUUUUGGACGCUUUGGAGGCGUUAAAAUGGGUAAACAAACACAUAAGCAAGUUUGGCGGAAACAAAGGUCAAGUGACAGUAUUCGGUCACAGCGCUGGCGCGUGUAUUGCCAACUACUUGAUGCUCAGUCCGUUAACUGAAGGCCUGUUGCACGGUGUGAUCAUGAACAGCGGCUCCGCAAUUCCGUCUUUUGCGCUGGACGAUUCGCCCGUGAAAGAGGCCAGGACAGUUGCACUCAAGGCCGGCUGCCUUGGUGACGACCAGGAAGUGUCCUUGUGCAUGCGGAAUUUAACUGCCGAAAAUCUGCUAUCGGCGUUCGUCACGUACAGCAAAUUGGGAUCGUUUAAAGGAGGACUCCCAGUUGUGUCCAGACCGGACGAGCCGGCAGACACGAAAUUCUUGCCGGAUAAUCCUGCCGACCUGGCCAAAAAAGGAGCGUUCCUCAACGUGCCAAUCUUGGCUGGCGUCACCAGGCAUGAUUCCAUGUGGAUGGUCGAUCUUUUCCACGGCGGCUUGAGUAGGUUAGGAGUGCAAGAUAAUGAAACCUACAUCCGGGAAAACCUAAUUGAUCAUCUAAUAAUGAAAUUUUUUAGAACAAAAGAUCCCGUUGGAGCUAUAAAUGAUUUGGUUGAGCGCAGAUAUUUCAGUUAUGUGACCCCUGAAAAGAGGGGCAACUUCACAGAAAUCCUUGCUGGAGUUUUGGACGUCAUGUCCACACUCACAAUGAAAGCCCCAGCGCUCCAAAUGGCUAAACUGAAUAGCAAAGCGGAUAAUUACCUCUACACUUUCGAUUACAAAGGUCGUCAUCACCUUCCAUUCAACGGUAUUAACGAUCCGAACGGCUUGUUUAAAGAAGGGGUUUGCCACAGCGACGACAUGAUCUACUUGACUCCGAAAAUUGCCGAUUCUUUUAACGAAGAGGAAACCGCCAUAUCGAAUUUAAUGGUGGAUCUGUGGGCGAAUUUCAUCAUUUCCGGCAAUCCCAAUGAGCCGAAAACGUUAUCGAUGCCUUAUUGGCCGAAGUACAACUCGACGGAAAAGUUCUACUAUGAAAUCAACAUCGUGGCAAAAGCUAAGAAAGAUUUCACCAACGAAUUCACUGCUGCCAUCCAAGACGGCUUAUAACAAAAUCCUUGCCAACAGAAAUUUGUUUGCUUUAACAUUCUUCUUUAUAUAAAUGCAAUUUUCACAAAA